AUGAUCCACGACGAGAAGCACUGGGAAGCCAAGGCUCAAUCCCUCAAGAGGAUUGCCUUCCUUGGGGUUUCCCUCUCCACCGUUGCUACUCUAAUCUGUAUCAUUUCGGUGCCCAUGCUGUAUAACUACAUGCAGCAUGUGCAUUCAGUUAUGCGGAAUGAGGUCGACUUCUGCAAAUUGCGCUCGGGUAACAUCUUUAGGGAAGUUACCCGCACCCAGGCAAGUGCUGUCAAAGGAGGUCACUAG